AUGCCCAAAUUCUUCUGCGACUACUGCGAUGUAUACCUCACGCACGACUCGAUGAGCGUGCGCAAGGCGCAUAACGCCGGACGUAACCAUCUCAGAAACGUUCUGGAAUACUACCAACAAAUCGGACAAGAAAAGGCCCAAUCGGUCAUCGACUCCAUCACGUCGUCCUACGCCGCCGAAGGCCAGGCUGUCCCGAACCCCGCGAUGGCUCCUCCGGGGGCUUACCCUCCUCCAUUCGGCUUCCCUGGUAUGUCACGCUUCGCCACCUACUACAUACCAUGCACCACUACUACAUCGAUCAACAAACUAACACCCUCUCCUCAGGUCGACCAGGUCAACUCCCUCCCCCUCCGUUCGGAAUGCCUCCUCUGGGUGCACCCGGCGCGCCGGGCAUGCCUCCUCGUACGUUACACUUCUAUCCCCCAACAUCCCAAACCCACACCUGAGGUAUCUUAUCUAACCUUCAUGAAAACAGCCCCCGGAGCAAGAGGUCUCCCCUUCCCCCCUCCCUUCCCCGGUCCAGCAGGCGCCGCCCCUCCUGCCGGUCUCCCCCCUCUCCCCAACAUGCCCCCGGGCGCCCAGGGCUUCCCUCCUCCGCCUGGCGGAUUCCCUCCUAACUUCCCGACCCCUCCCCCCGGUGCUGCUGCUGCCGGGUUCCCCCCGAUUCCUCCCCCAGGUCAAGCUCCAGCAGGAUACAGCCCCAGUCCUACACCCGGUAUAGCUGGACCGCCGGGACAGGAUGGUGGUUACGCACCACCGCCCGGUAUGGGCGCCGGUUUGCCUGGCCCGCCUCCGGGAUUGGGUGAUAAGCGGUGA